AUGAAGCUGAGACAAAGCGUCUGCAAUCUGCUGCUGGUAUGUUGCAGUGCAUUAUGGGUAGUGUUCUGCUCUGGGGUUAAGGUUUCUCCUCCUCCUGGAUGUGGCUCCCUGUUGCAGUUAUCCUCAGUGGUCUCCUCCUUGUCGAAAGGAAACGGGAACAUCCACAGCAGAUCUCUGUCUCCGUGGAGCUGGAAAUCGUCCACAGUGAAGAACCGGAUCCCGUCCACACUCUGGGAAGCCAAGUGCAGCCAAAGCUUCUGCUCCGGUGCCAGACCGGGUCAUCCGAACCAACACGACCUGAACUCGGUCCCCAUCUACCAGAACGUCCUGGUCCUGAAGCAGCAGGAGAAUGGGAGCUGCUACACCACUGCGUACCAUAAAGUGGCUGUUGGCUGUACCUGCGUCUGGGCCCAAACCAACCGGCGCUGAACCACC